GUCUGUCUGGUGUUUCUUCCUUUUCAAACUUAAACCCAAUAGAUAUAUAUUUUGAAGAUAAUUUGAUACAGCGUCUCACAGUUUCAAAUGUAUUUACUUGAACAGAUGACUACCAAAGUGACAGAUAAAAAAGCUUGUACAGGUGCACAGUUCUCACUGGGAGUGUGUUUGAAUUAAACCGCAAAACAAGAAUAAUCACCAAGCAAGGCUGAAUGUGCUGUGACAAGAACAACCUGUUGACUGGACCAAAAAUGCUGUCUGGAUCGGUACGUGUCGUCCUGUUCUCGAUUCUUGGUCUAGGAGGAUUUCUGAUGCUGUUUUUAAUGUACUUUAAAUCAGUUCCAUCUCAGAUCUGUCCUCCCCAGCCUGCUUUGCCAGGUCAUUACUCAAAGCGACCUGAGAACAGCUCCUUGUCUAAGAAGCAGCCAAAGCCAGACAAGCCCAUCAUGCUGUUGUGGUUCUGGCCUGAAAACCGCAGGUUUGAUUUUAGCGAUUGUGCCACUUUCUUCAACAUUGAUGGCUGCCACCUGACCGAUGACAGGUCUCUGUACAACAAGGCAGACGGUGUGCUCAUCUUUCACAAAUCCAUCAAACACGAUUUAUCCAAUUUGCCUCCAUCACCUCGACCACCAUUCCAGAAGUGGAUCUGGUAUCAUGUGGAAUCACCUACAAACACAAUUAGGAUACCUGGUCUAGAUAACCUUUUCAACUUGACCUUGAGUUAUAGGGAGGACGCAGACAUCCCUGUUCGUUGGCGUUUGACCGCAAGGAAAGGCCAGGGUGAAGACUUUGUGCUGCCCAAGAAGGAUAAAUUAGUUUGCUGGAUUGUGAGUAACAAUAACCCUGCAACUGGAACAGGGGUACGGUAUAACUAUUACAAAGAACUUGUCAAACAUAUUAAAGUGGAUCUCUUUGGCAGGGCCUUUGCAAAACUAUUGAGAUAUGAGGACUACUACUCAACACUCUCCAGCUGUAAGUUUUACCUCUCCUUUGAGAAUUCAGUCCACAAAGACUACAUCACUGAGAAGCUAAACGGACCACUUGCAGCAGGAACUGUGCCAGUAGUAUUGGGCCCACCGAGACAGAACUAUGAAGACUUUGUCCCAGGAGAUUCCUUCAUCCAUAUUAAUGACUUUCCCAAUGCAAAAGCCCUGGCUAAAUUCCUCCUCAAGUUGGACAAGGAUGAUGAGGCAUAUCUGCGCUACUUUCAAUGGCGUAGAAACUUCUCUGCUCAGCAACAUCUGGUUCAACUGAGUCAAGAGUUCAUCCAAGCUAUUUGUUAUGGAUGUGACCAUGUGGGCAAACAUAAAGAAUAUAGGGUUGUUCACGAUCUUUACAAGUGGUAUUUUGUGUAAUUAGUCACUUAUGAUUAGCUAUUACCAUCCUUCACAUGCCUAUUAUCUUCAAUAUACCAAAAAUGAAUCUUGAUUUAUCCCACAGCACUUAGGGAGCGCAUACACCGCACCAUAUGUCGAUCUGCUGUUCUGCUGGUUCGUUCGGCACUGUGUGUUUUAGUGACCACCCGCAGGUUGGCAUCUGACUGCCAAAAAACAUGUAGAAUCAGUUUACACUGUUUGCAAAUUACGUCUGGUGUAACCGGUGUGAAAUGGCUAGCUAGUUAGUGUUGCGCACUAGUAGCGUUUCAAUCGGUGACGUUACUCGC